AUGUGUGAUUCGAGGCGGAUUAGGCUGAGAUUCGGAGGGAGGACCUUCGGCGGCGCUGGUGGCAGCGGCGGAGGCGGCGGCGAUGGUGGAGACGAGAUCGAGGGUUCUGGUGCUCGACAUGCAAUAUCACGACGUCUGAAUGCGUCUGUUAGGAGACAGACAUCUCGAUCUUCACCGGUUCAGCCCGAGCAGCAGCAAUACGGGUCUACUAGUGGUUGGUCGAGAGACCAACAGUCUGGUAGUAGUCGGCCCUUGUACUCUGCAAGUGGAGCACCCAUAUCUGACGAGGAAGACGAAUGUUCGGCUAGUCAUGCUGGUGACUGGGAUGAAGAACAGGACCCUCAGGAUUUCCAUAUGGUAUAUAGGGGUCAGUUUGGGAGAUUUGUUGGUAGUGGGUCGAGUCAGCCUACUUCCAGCUCUGCAGAGGCAUGGUUAGUGCAGGAACCGAUGCCGGGUUGGCCUGAGGAUGGGUCAGUUAUCCCUAGUUUUGGCGGUCACGUGGCACGGUAUAUCUGGAUGGAGCAGGAGCGUAGUGUUUUGCGCUGUUUGAGUAGGACAAAGUUAUGUUCUAACUUGUUCACUUGGCGAGGCCGUCAAUCUGUGGAGGAUAUUGCGGCGAUUGAUGCUAGUUGGUUGUCUCACUUGCCCGGCCUGAUGUUUAAGAGACUUGAUUGGCCGUUGAUUUCUGCUUUUGUUGAGAGGUGGCAGCCAGAUACGAACACCUUUCACAUGCCAUUUGGGGAGAUUACGAUCUUGCUGCACGACGUGUACAACAUACUUGGGUUUCGGGUUGCAGGCAAUAUGGUGUCCACUACUCCUAGCACGGACGUGUUACGGGACGCGUGCUCGGUCACCAUGGAUAUGACUCUAGAUGAUCUGUCUGAGGUUUGCGGCACAAAGACCAUUUGGCAUGGUAGUGGGGUGUUGACCGAUAAGAUUUUUGAGUCGACAUUGGCGGUCGACCGGGAUUUUAGUGAGCAGCUUGAUGCAUACUUGUGGUUAGUGCUUGAGGUACACUCUGCACUAGCCUACUUGUAUCGGCAACUGGGCACGGCAUCACGGAAAGGUGCUGAUUCGAUUGCUGGUUGUCUCACGCUUCUACAAGCGUGGGUUUACAAGUACUUUCCGUGCUUUCGGCCACAGCAGGGUACCUUGACCCGGGACCUUCAAAUGCCUCCUGCGUCUGCUUGGGAUGUAGGAGAGGGAUGUCCUAGCAAGAACCUGGAGCGCCUGUUAGCUUUUCGUACUAGGAUUGAUGCGCUUACUGACCGUGAGGUGAACUGGCCACCGUACGGAGCUGAUCCUGCAUUACGAGUGCCCCCCACUUUAUUCAUUGGCUGCAUCCAGUACCAUAACAUCAUUGAGCCGUACAUGCCUGAUAGAGUGGUGCGCCAGCUAGGUUUCGUGCAAGGCAUUCCCCGCGAGAUCAUCAGGCCAGAGAAGGCCAAGAGGCCGACUAACUUGAAGAUGUAUUGGGUAGACUUCCCGACUGAGAUGACAGCUGUGAUGUGGAACAGGCUUAGUGCUGCAGCUCCUUCGGUUGCGCCCGGUUACAUGCAGUGGCUGUACAGGUUUUCUCACCCGCAGGUAUCUCCAGGUCCAGGAGUUACAAGCAAUCUGCCUGAGCGGACUAACACUGAUUACUGGAUGGGUCGGUCCAUGGAGAUUCACCAAAGAGCACUAGUUGAGUAUCCUGAAAUGUCGAGUGAGACUCGAACAAUGACUGAGCAGCUUGUAUUUGAUUGGAAGUCAAAAAUGGGACUUUAG